AUGCACCUAACGCUAAAGUUUCAAUGUUACGCUUCUCGCCGUUGUAGAGAAGAUGGCCUUUGGGUAAACCGCCGCCAAGGUGAAGCGAGUGUGAGAGGGUGGACAAACUUCACUACAUGCUUCCCUCCCGACAUUCAAGGCUUAUUUGUUGAAGGAUUUAAUGAAGAUCAACAUUAUCUGACAAAAUAUGACAUAGCCCGAAAGAGUAGAUACAUUGAAAUAAUCGGAUACAUGGUAUCAUGCGUUGCUAUUAUUGUGUCGCUAUACAUUUUCUACACGUUCCGUACCCUCCACAAUAUCAGGACUCUUAUCCACAAGCACGUGUUUUAUUCAAUGCUUUUUCAAACCGUUGUAUGCCUUAUAAUUUUCUUCGAUCAAGUAAUAACAAGAGAAAGCAUAGGAGUUAAAACAAGAAACCAUAUAUUAAAAGGAAUUGAUAAUACGCCGAAUAUUUGCGAAGCUCUGUAUUUUAUAGCAGAAUAUACUAUGUCUACUAUAUUUUCAUGGGUCUUAGUAGAGGGAUUACAUCUCAACUACUUGAUUUCAAAUGAGGCUCUACAACCAUUCAACUUCAAAGUAUACUGUCUCGCAGCUUGGGUAGUGCCUUUCUUGUUGACGUCAAUCUGGGCUGUAGUAGUUUGGCUUUCUUACCGAUGGGAUUAUGUCAGAGUAUGCUGGUUUGGCUACAAUUUAUCAUCAAGUUACUGGAUUUUACAGGGACCCCGUCUGGCAGUUAUUUUGUGUAAUGCUGUAAUUCUCAUCAGAGUACUAAAAAUGGUAAUACAAAAAUUAAAAGACGCGAGAACACCAGAAAUUAUUAAAAUUAAAUCCACAUUGGAUUCCACUACUCCUCCAACGGUUGAAGAAACAACACUUUCGCAAGAUAUGAGAUCAACAAGUGUCAUUCAGCAACUGCCGACACCGUAUGAAGUUCCACUAGCAGUCAUUUCUAGCAGCGAGGGGUUAAAUUUUAAACAGAAUAAGCAAUCAUUUGUAUCUACAACAUCAUUUACGGAUAUUGCCUUCUCACGACACAUUGAUUCCGAAGUUGAAGAUGAUGAAAAUUAUGAAAGCAGAAGUAUUAACAUAGCUAAGAUGGAAGGAGAUAGAAAUAACAACGAAAGGCGCCCAAGAUCAUGGUUCCACUUACUUGAUUCCUUAAUUUGCUUUUGCAAAAACGAUGAAGAAGAGGAAGAUAGAGCAGAAGGCUAUGUUUACUAUCCACACUCCCAAAGUCUGCUACGGACCGCCCCAGUAUAUGGAGUGCCAGUACGCACUACAGAAGAAGCUGCUACGGAGAGUAAAAAUGAGAGGCCCCGGAUGGUAGCCGGGCCAGUUUUACCGUUCUUCCUUACGUUUAUGGCGCCACACAGGGGGCAACAAGAAGUGUCCGUAGCUAGCGUGAGCUGGGUUGCAGCUGCAGGCCCGGCUAUAAACAAGACGACGACACAGAGGGGGCAAGAAGAAGAGUCCGUAGCCAGCGAGAGCCGAGUUGCUGGCCCGGCUAUAAACAAGACGCGUAAACGCAGGCUGGCCAAAAGACGUCCUCGCCAAAUCGCCGUGUCACCAGAAACUCCAGUGAUAAAUGAGGAG